AUGUUCUCCAUCCAGGACAGCCUCCCCCGGGGGGCCCUGACCAUGAAGGAGGAGCCGCUGCCCACCGGCAUGACCCCGGUCCGCUCCUGGAUGCAGGGAGCAGGGAUUUUGGACGCCAACACAGCAGCACAGAGCGGUGUUGGUUUAGCCCGAGCUCACUUUGAGAAGCAGCCGCCGUCCAAUCUGAGGAAGUCCAACUUCUUCCACUUUGUUCUGGCGCUGUACGACCGACAGGGUCAGCCGGUCGAGAUCGAGAGGACGUCCUACGUCGACUUCGUGGAGAAAGACAAGGAGUACAACGGAGAGAAGACCAACAACGGGAUCCACUACAGACUACAGCUCCUCUACAGCAACGGCAUCAGGACAGAACAGGAUCUUUUCGUUCGGCUGAUAGACUCCAUGACCAAACAGCCGAUCCUCUACGAAGGUCAGGACAAGAACCCAGAGAUGUGUCGCGUCCUCCUCACCCACGAGAUCAUGUGCAGCCGGUGUUGUGACAAGAAGAGCUGCGGAAAUCGCAACGAGACGCCCUCCGACCCCGUCAUCAUCGACAGAUUCUUCCUCAAGUUCUUCCUCAAGUGCAAUCAGAACUGUUUGAAAAAUGCAGGAAACCCACGAGACAUGAGGAGGUUCCAGGUGGUGAUCUCCACUACAGUCAACGUGGACGGACACGUGCUGGCGGUGUCAGACAACAUGUUUGUCCACAACAACUCCAAACAUGGCCGCCGCGCCCGACGCCUGGACCCCUCUGAAGAAGUACAACCCUCUUUCCUAGAAUCAGCCACGCCCUGCAUCAAAGCCAUCAGCCCGAGCGAGGGCUGGACGACCGGUGGAGCCACCGUCAUCCUCAUCGGGGACAACUUCUUCGACGGCCUGCAGGUCGUCUUCGGCACCAUGCUGGUCUGGAGCGAGCUGAUCACCCCUCACGCCAUCCGGGUCCAGACUCCCCCUCGUCACAUCCCCGGGGUCGUGGAGGUCACGCUGUCCUACAAAUCCAAACAGUUCUGCAAAGGAGCACCGGGACGCUUCGUCUACACCGCCUUGAACGAGCCCACCAUCGACUACGGCUUCCAGAGGUUACAGAAGGUCAUCCCUCGCCACCCCGGGGACCCCGAGAGGUUACCUAAGGAGGUGCUGUUGAAGCGAGCAGCCGACCUGGUGGAGGCUCUUUAUGGGAUGCCACACAACAACCAGGAGAUCAUCCUGAAGCGGGCGGCCGACCUCACCGAGGCGCUCUACAGCGUCCCCGCAGUCACAACCAGCUGCCGUCUCUCCGGCUCUGCCGCUCACUCGGGGAUGAUGGGAGUGAACUCGUUCAGCAGUCAGCUCGCCGUCAACAUCUCCGAGGCCUCGCAGGCCGACCAGGGUGAGGGUUACUCCCGUAACUCGAACAGCGUGUCUCCUCGCGGCUACGUGCCGAGCUCCACGCCUCAGCAGUCCAACUACAACACCAUCACGUCCACCAUGAACGGAUACGGAGCGGGGAUGACCAACCUGGGCGUUCCCGGAUCCCCCAGCUUCCUCAACGGAUCCACCAACUCUGCUUACGCAAUCAAACAGAAGAGCGCCUUCGCCCCCGUCGUGCGGCCACAGACCUCCCCGCCCCCCUGCACCACCACCAAUGGCAGCAACCUCCAGGCCAUGGCAGGUCUCAUCGUCCCCCCAAUGUGA